UCCAUUUGAGCUGUGGUUGAAGUGGGCCCUAAGAGAGUGUUAUUUACAUCAAGUGAAACAGAAAGGAAAGUGGAGCAGGUUUUAUUGCUGCGUAGUGUACAUAAAGUGCACUAGGAAUGUGUUUGGUUGAUAAAACGUUUAUUCUGAAACAACGAGACGCAGCACAUCCACUUAUCUAGAGAAACAUGAAGAAAUAAACAUUUUAUUUAUAGGUUCCCGGAGACCCUUUUUAAAAGUUCUAAACCCUACCAUUUUAUUGGCUUGAUACUUCAAGGCCUUUACCGAUCAUUUCUGCAGGAUACAUGCACAUAUAUGUGUAUGUAUCCUGCACAUACAAUACCAAAUAUGUUUGCAUAUAAUAAUGAGAUCAAUGUGGAGGUAAAGACAGGAGUAAUCAGUGUGUUUAGCAUAUUAAAAGCAUCCAGGCUGCGGUGGCUGUGCAUUAUUAUUCGACGUUGGGCGUAUGUGAGCGUCUUUAUAUAUUGGUCAUUGCUGUAUUUUAUUUAAAAUGACAGCACAGCCCGGCCAUAAAUGUUCCUCAGGUUACUUACAGUGCGCCCUCGUGGAGCCGGUGCGCCGUCUCUCUGAACCAUCCUUGCGCCUGAAAGCUGUGUCAAGUCAGAAAUAAACACCGGAAGUCGCUCAUUUUUUUCCCCUUCACCGUAAAAGCUGUAUUGCCUCUCCUUCUUACACGCGCUCAUCGAGGCUUUUUUUUAUUCUCGACGAGCAGCACUAACAUCCGUCUGCUGGCUGACUUGACGCGUGGUACCUACCGCAGGAGCGGAGAGAAAGACGCGCACUCGAACCAGAUGCCGCCACCACCACCACCUCCAGCAGCAGCGGCAGCAGAUAUAAUCUGGCACAAAAGUGUUUAACAUUUCUUUUUUUCUUUUCUUUUAAUUGUCACUUCAUUCAUCUCGGAUCGAUACGAACAAACAACAACAACAAAACCAUCACCGUCUCGUUUUCUUUAGAGGAAGAAUGGGCUGCGCAAUAUCAGGUCUAGCAGCGAAGACGGACUUUGCAGACAGGAACGCAGAGGAUGCUGGUGCCGCUGUGCGUCUCAACCAGGACCAGAUCCAGAUGAUCAAGGACUCGUGGAAAGUUAUCCGGGACGACAUAGCCAAAGUUGGGAUUAUUAUGUUUGUCAGGUUGUUUGAGACCCAUCCCGAGUGCAAGGACGUCUUCUUCCUGUUCCGAGACGUGGAGGACCUGGAGAGGCUGCGCACCAGCCGGGAGCUCAGGGCGCACGGCCUGCGGGUGAUGUCUUUCAUAGAGAAAAGUGUGGCUAGACUGGACCAGCUGGAGAGGCUGGAGGCCCUGGCUCUGGAGCUGGGCAAAAGCCAUUAUCACUACAACGCACCACCCAAGUACUACAGCUACGUCGGAGCAGAGUUCAUCUGCGCCGUGCAGCCUAUCCUGAAGGAGAAGUGGACGGCGGAGCUGGAGGAGGCAUGGAAGGCUAUGUUUCUGUAUGUGACCAGCCUCAUGAAGCAGGGAUAUCAGGAGGAGAGCACCCGACAGCGCCACCUAGCAGCCUCCCCGAAGGAAAGACCAGACAAGAGGAACACCGCGCUAUGAGACGCCGCUUCUCUCUGCAACAACAGACUGUUCUUACCACUCCGGCACACAAAUGCACACAUGUAUAUAGUGUAUAUUUACUGUCUUUGUUUUCUACAUUGCUCUCGUUCAGUCAUAAUUUGCUACUUUAUCAGAAAUGGACAAAAACAUGCGGUGACUUUUAACGAAGCACUUUAUUUCUGAACUUAAAUUCUGCUGUAGUCCUCCUCCACGAGGACAAGAGAUGAUACAUGAAGUCGACAACAUAUUCUGACCGUGGUUAAACCUGCCUUGUACUCGCGAAGUAAACGGAAAUGACAAGAUUAGUGUGGCAGCCAAUCCUUUGUCUCUGUAUUCAUAACUUAAACAUGCCUUUCAGUAAAUCUACAGUUUUUUUUGUGCUAUCACUUGAACUCAUUCAGAAAUCUUGAAUUGACCACGUUAACUGAAGCUAUACAGUAUAUUUCACUGUUGAUUAACAAUUUAAGACAGCCACUGGAACAGAUUGGUGUUGGUAUGUAAAAAAUAAAGGGGGAAAUAACUGUAUUUCAAAAGAUACAAUAAAAAAAACGUUAAACAAUAUUUUAUACUCAAAUACAGUGAAAUUUCACGUGAAUAAAUCUGAUCCGUGUUCUGAAAUUUCAAAUCCCAUUCAA